GUGUAAGACACGAACUGUGUAAGACACAAGAUGUGUGUGAGACACUGGAUGUGUGUAAGACACGAACUGUGUGAGACACUGUGUGUGAGACACGGGCUGUGUGAGAGACACUUGCUGUGUGUGCUAUGGAUGCUGAGUGUUCCGAUGCUGUGGUUAAACGAGGCUGUGUGUAAUGCUGUUGGUGGUUGUCCCAGGAGAAAGUUCCCAAAGGAAUCUGCACCCCCACCUGCCACUUCACUGGACGCCACCACGAUCCGCUCCCUUGAAAGGGCCAUGCGCAGACUCCUGCCUCUCGUCUAUGGACGCUCACCGACUCUGGACACAAACUCAGCCAGCGACCAUCUCCAGAUUUCCUCGGAUCUCAGGACGGUGACGCGGAGCGAUGUCCCCCAGGGUCGCCCCCAUCACCCACACCACUUUGAUGAGUGGGAUCAAGCCCUGUGCUCUGAGAGCUUCUCGUCAGGUCAGCACUACUGGGAGGUGCACGUGGAGGUAGCGGGGUGGUGUCGGGUUGGAGUCGCAUACAGGACGAUCCCACGUAGAGGGGGUGGUGCUGAGUGCCGCUUGGGAGGGAGUGAAGUCUCCUGGUGUCUACAGAAACUUGACGACAGCUUCUCAGUGGUGCAUGGUGGGGUAGUGACGUCACUGUCGGUCCCGGAACCUCCACGGAGAGUUGGGGUCCAUCUGGACUGGGACGCGGGGCUGCUGUCGUUUUACAGCACCGACUCAAUGGCGCUGUUGCACUCAUUUCAACAAACCUUUACUCAGCCCCUACAUCCUGGGCUGUGGGUGUGGGGUGAUGAUGGUGACUCAGUGAGGAUUGUGGAUCUGAGUGGUCCGUCCUGAGAGAGGUGAACGUGAACAGCACAGAUGGCAGACGCCACGACGCACGGCGCUCACCACCCUCGUCACCGUCACGCGGAGCGCCACGCCCGUGAUUGGCUGGUGGCUGUCGGUGGCUAAGGGCUGCGUGGCUCUCUAUCACAAUGGGGGGGUUGGCGUAAAUAAUCCUCACAACCUUCAUGGGGGGGCGGGUGAUAAAAUAAGUACUGCUCUGUGUGUGUGAAGCCAGCGUAGAUGUAUUCACCCUGCCAGAGGAGUGUGACUGUGGUGUAGGGUGCAGUAAUUAGCAAUGGUGAACUGGGAUGUGUUUAUACACUGGUGGUUUCAUGGAAUGUGGGAGAAACACAACAACAAUAAUAUAAUUGAUUUUAAAGGUUUAAAUGUACGCCUACGGCAGUGGCGUUAUAACGCUUGUAUAAUUGAUUCUACAAUAAAAAAAAUACUGAACACAAACAACAAUGUAGUUGUGUACAGCGUCAUUCAUGCUUGCUGCAUCCCGCAACACUGUUCAUUAAUUAAACACGAGGACCAAAUCCUCACAGCCACUGCCAAGCAAAUUAAAUCUACAAAUUAAUGAACAAAUAAAGAUAUGGCGACAAACACAAAAGGCACCAACAAUGUCCGAGCUGUUCAAAAUAUCUGCUUCUGCGUCAUGGACGUGGUGACGUCACCAUGCACGCUCCCCUAAC